UGUGGACGUCGAAGGAUCUCAACAAGGAAUCUUUUAUGGUUGUUAGUGUUGUGUUACGCGUUUUUUGUUGUGCUUCUUAUGCAUAAGUUUGCUCUCCGCAUGAGACAUGUUGUUGACAAGAAAUUCAUCUAUGAAAUUAACUAUUCAUCUGGCCAACCAAAGAUAAACUUCUCCGUUGUUACACUGAAGCUUCAAUCAAACUCGUCGCUCUCUGCGGAUACAAGGAAAAUUAAUACCGCGACUCUACAUACUGCGGAAACAACAGAUGGGAGAAAGAAAAAUGCCACCAUACCAACGAAGAAAAUUAAUUGUCAAAGCUGGUGCCACUUAAAAGAAAACUCAUCGAAGCCUUUCUUUUUAACAGCCGUGCUUCUUGUGCGAAUUUACUAUAAAGACCUCGCGAAGUUAACCACUCGGGAAAUGAGACAAUGGCUUUAUUAUCUUCGGUAUUCUGGAUUUGAACACGUUUAUAUUUAUGAUGCUUACGUCCUUAAGAAUGAAUCACAAGCUCUAGCUUUGAAAUCGCUUAUUGACGAAGGAUUUGUGACUUAUGUUGAGUGGAGUCACAGAGCAUAUCCAUAUUCUAUCGACGGCACACAGACCGCCGCUUAUCAGGACUGUAUCGAGCGAUUUGGGCAUGAAACUGUGUGGCAAUCAGCGAUUGAUAUCGACGAGUACCCUUUCAGCCCCACGGAUCAACAACCUAUGUUCGUGCAAAGAGCUGUAAAGCAGUUCAGUGAAAAGGUGCCCCAAGCAUCAGAAUUAACCAUGCAAAAUUUUUUAUUUCUAGGAAAACCACUGGAUGAUAGUAAACACCCUCUACUUAUCGAUAGAAUAUGGCGGAGAACACAUGGACCCGCAAACGCUCUUGUUAAGCCGGUAUACAAACCCGCUCAUGUGAGACAGGCCGCAAUACACCACAACCAUCUUGCAAUGGGAACAUCCAAGAAUUUUCCGGAAGAUCUACUUCGUUUAAAUCAUUAUUGGGGAGCUAGACUACAGAAUUGGGGAGAAGACACCCCUGAAAUUAUUGCGAAAACAGAACCGGAUCAUUCAAUGAAAUAUAUUGUACAAACCUUAAACGUUUGCGCACAAGAAUGUUUAAUGAGCCCCGAAUUUGUUUACCACAAACAGUGGAACUGA